ACAACCUUGCCAGAAAUAUUAUCCUAUUUUCCAGCUGGUUCUUCUACACAAGCAUUCAUUCAUUAUUACCAAAAUUUACGUAUAAAUGAGUUUCGAAUGUAUGAUUAUGGCGUGGCUGAAAAUUAUAAGCGAUACAAACAGAAAAAACCCUCGAGUUAUGAUCUUAAAAAGAUUACAGCCCCGACAGUUUUAAUUUACUCAGAUAAUGAUAAUCUUGUUCCAGAAGAGAAUGUGCUGGAACUUGGCAAACGUUUACCAAAUGUUCUUCUAAUGGAGAAAGUUCCACAUAAACUUUUCAAUCACGCUGAUUAUGUGAUCGCAAUUGAUGUGAAAACUCUUCUAUAUGAUCGUGUGUUAGAUCUAAUACAAAAGUUUGAUGUUAAACAAAAUAAAUUUCUGAAAUGAAUCUAAUUAAUGAAUACAAAUGAAAAGAAAAGUAGUCUUACCUUUCGUAUAGAAAUUGGAAAGUUGAUAAACGUAGAAGUGUUAACAAAAUUAAUAAUUUACAUACAUGCCUGUG